CUCCUCCUGUCAGAGAGUAUACUCUGCUCUGAUUGGUCAGAUAUCGCAGUCUGUUGUGAUUGGUCCAACGUUGUCAGCAAGCAGCCAAUCAAGACCAGAGGCGGGGCUUUGUGUAGGAAGUAAGUCUGGAAUUACUAGCGACUUCUUCUUUCAGCGGUUCCGAAUCGGUUCCUUUUUUUUUUUUGGAGUCAAUAACUCCGUUUGUCCUGCGGUUUGAUUUUUGAAACUUAUAUAACUUAUAUAAUAAAUUAUAUAACACACUACAUGAAAGGUAAUAUUUGAAAGACAUAAUAGGCUAACAUAUUCACACUAAAUGCCACAAAUCCUGCCCAUAUAUGUGCAUGCAGUCCAGAUUUUCUUCUUCUUCUGUAUUCUAGACAAUUGUGUAAUUCAAACUUUAUAGCAACAAUUUGGGGAAGAAACACAUGGGAGGCAUGGUCACGUGUCCACAUACUUUUGACACUAUAGUGUAAAUAUUUUUAUUUAUUUGUUUAUAUUUGGAAAUGUUUUUCUCCUGAGCAUGCACUGAAGGUAUAUUUCUUAAAGUAUAUUUUUAAUAUUAUAUUGUGUGUGAUUUUUUUUUCCCAUCAGACGAACGUGUGGGGGUUUUUUAUUUUUAUUUAUAUAUAUUUUUUUUAUGGGGACUUUUGUUUUGAAAUACCAAAAUGGUAUUUACCAAACAGGAUGUCAAUUCUUCAUGACACGUGUUUCAGUAUUCAGCAUAUUCUGUGCUCAUUGAGAGAGAAAAACAGAACGUGCAUCCUAAUAAACAUACAGGCUGUAAACCCCAGCUAAGACCAUGGAUGAAUUGUCUCAGCUGAAGAUUGGGUUCAUUGGAGCAGGAAACAUGGCUUAUGGAAUAGCACAGGGCAUCCUUAGAGCUGGUGAUGUUGUCGCGUCUAAUGUGAUUGUAAGCGCCCCGUCCAAAAACAACUUUUCCCGCUUCCAGGCAAUGGGAGUUGCAGUCACGCAUUCGAAUGAGGAAGUUAUUCAUAGUUCUCGUCUGGUCUUCCUGGCAGUCAAACCCCAUCUGAUCCCCACUGUCCUACGUGCACUCUCGGAGCACAUCACUCCACAACACAUUAUUGUCUCGGUGGCAGCUGGAGUCACAAUAGGAACACUUGAAGGGUUGUUGCCCGGAGGAUCCUGUGUGAUGCGUCUGAUGCCGAAUCUUCCGUGCAUGCUUCAGGAAGGAGCUCUACUCCUGGCGUGUGGAACAGAGGACAAGCAGGAGGUGGCUUCUCAGCUGAAGGUUCUCCUCUCACCUUGUGGACUGGUGGAGGUUGGACCUGAGUCCUGGAUCGAUGCCCACACAGGCCUAAGUGGCAGUGGUGUGGCUUUUGUGUACGUGUUUGCUGAGGCCCUGGCUGAAGGAGCUGUUAAAAUGGGAAUGCCGAGUGCGCUGGCUCAGCGUUUUGCAGCCCAGACUAUACUAGGUGCAGGUCAUUUGUUGCGAGAUGGUGAGAAACAUCCAGCACAGUUGAAGGCAGAAGUGUGUACUCCAGGCGGGACCACAGUGUACGGACUUCAUGCGCUGGAAAAAGGAGGGCUCAGGGCAGCCGUCAUGGGGGCCGUGGAGGCAGCAACAGAAAGAGCAAGAGAACUCGGGCGCAGAUAAAGGAGGAGCGAGACAGUCUGCGAGAAAUAGAGGGAGGAAGAGAUGAAAAGAGAGAAACGAUGCCAAGACUGGACUAUGAGUCAUUAGUUACAAAGUAACAUAGAGUUAUAGAUAUGUAGAAGAUCAAAAAGCAGCACUAGAAAAACUGUCUAAAUUUAAUAUACAUGGUUAAAUGUACAUAAAUUCAUUAAAUUAAGUCAUACAUGAAAUCACAAA